UGGAACCGGUGCGAGGAGAUUUCAUGUCUCAGCAGCCUUCAACGCCAAAGCCAAGGUGGCCAUGAGCCGCUUUGAACCCGGCUCCAGCAUUAACUAUGAGAAGAUGAACGAAAACAUCAAUAUUGUUCGCACAAGUAUUAAGGGAAAAAAUGUUCCUCUGAUUCUUCAAACACAGGACAAUAUUCAUCAAAUUAUUGCAACAAUCCACCUUACAGGCUCAAUAGGCCUCUCACUCUGUCAGAGAAGAUAGUGUACAGUCACCUGGAUGAUCCUGCACGGCAGGAGAUUGAUCGUGGCCGCACAUAUCUUCGCCUGCAUCCAGACCGUGUGGCUAUGCAGGAUGCCACGGCUCAGAUGGCGAUGCUCCAGUUUAUCAGCAGUGGUCUGGCCAAGGUGGCUGUUCCCUCCACCAUCCACUGUGAUCACCUGAUUGAGGCUCAGAUCGGGGGGGUUGAGGACCUGAAGAGGGCUAAGGAGGUGAACCACGAGGUUUACAACUUCCUCGCAACAGCUGCAGCCAAAUAUGGAGUUGGCUUCUGGAAACCAGGCUCAGGCAUCAUCCAUCAGAUUAUCCUGGAGAAUUAUGCUUAUCCUGGAGCGAUGCUGAUUGGCACAGACUCCCACACUCCCAAUGGCGGUGGUCUGGGUGCCAUCUGUAUUGGAGUGGGUGGAGCUGAUGCCGUGGAUGUCAUGGCUGGAAUCCCAUGGGAGCUCAAGUGUCCCAAAGUGAUUGGAGUGAGGCUGACAGGCACCCUGUCUGGCUGGACCUCUCCAAAGGACGUUAUUCUAAAGGUGGCUGGCAUCCUGACUGUGAAGGGUGGCACUGGGGCCAUUGUAGAGUAUCAUGGGCCUGGAGUUGACUCCAUCUCCUGCACUGGAAUGGCCACCAUCUGUAACAUGGGUGCUGAGAUUGGAGCCACCACAUCUGUUUUCCCAUACAACCACCGUAUGAAGACGUACUUGGAGAAAACCGGGCGUGGAGAGAUUGCCUCUGUAGCUGAUCAGUUCAAAGAUGACUUGGUCCCAGAUAAGGGCUGUGAAUAUGACCAGGUCAUUGAGAUUAAUCUGAGUAAGUUGAAGCCCCACAUCAACGGACCAUUCACUCCUGACCUGGCCCACCCUGUGUCUGAGAUCGGAGCUGCAGCUCAGAGAAACGGCUGGCCACUGGAGGUUAAAGUUGGUCUGAUUGGCAGCUGCACCAAUUCAAGCUAUGAGGACAUGGGCAGAGCGGCGUCCUUAGCCAAGCAGGCUCUGGAUAAAGGUCUGAAGUGUAAGGCCCAGUUCACGGUGACCCCUGGUUCUGAACAGAUCCGUGCUACUAUUGAGAGGGAUGGAUAUGCCAAGAUCCUGAACGAUGUCGGUGGAAUUGUUCUUGCCAAUGCUUGUGGACCAUGCAUUGGACAGUGGGACAGGAAGGAUGUGAAAAUGGGAGAGAAGAAUACUAUUGUGACAUCCUUCAACCGGAACUUCACUGCCAGGAAUGAUGCUAAUCCUGCUACUCAUGCUUUUGUCACCUCUCCUGAGAUUGUCACUGCCUUGGCUCUCGCUGGGACCCUCAACUUCAACCCCGAGACUGACUACCUAACUGCUCCUAAUGGAGAGAAGUUCAAGCUGGAACCACCCACUGGUGACGAGCUCCCCUCCAGAGACUUCGACCCGGGCCAGGAUACGUACCAGCACCCUCCAGCUGAGAGCAGCUCAGUCAAGGUGGAUGUGAACCCCAUGAGCAACCGUCUACAGCUUCUGGAGCCCUUUGAUAAGUGGCAUGGAAAAGACCUAGAGGACAUGAGGGUCCUCAUCAAGGUGAAGGGAAAGUGCACCACUGACCACAUUAGUGCUGCGGGCCCCUGGCUAAAAUUUCGCGGUCAUCUGGACAACAUCUCUAACAAUCUGCUAAUUGGUGCUGUCAACAUUGAGAACGAUGCCGUCAACAAGAUCAGGAAUCAGCUGACAGGGGAGUACGGAGGCGUGCCAGAUGUGGCCCGUCAUUACAAGGCUAAUGGAGUAAACUGGGUGGUGGUUGGAGAUGAGAACUAUGGAGAAGGUUCCAGCAGAGAGCAUGCUGCUCUGGAGCCACGGCACCUGGGAGGACGUGCCAUUAUCGUCAAGAGCUUUGCCAGAAUCCAUGAGACUAAUCUGAAGAAACAAGGCCUGCUUCCGCUGACUUUUGUCGACCCCGACGACUACGAGAAAAUUCUCCCCAAUGACAAGAUUUCAAUCACUUACCUGAAAUCGUUUGCCCCUGGCAAGCCACUGACAGCAGUGAUCAAGCACGCCGACGGCAGCCAGGAGUCCAUCUCUCUAAACCACACCUUCAAUGAGACACAGAUUGAGUGGUUCAAGGCUGGCUCGGCCCUCAACAGGAUGAAGGAACUGCAGUAGGUGGCGGCAAGGACGAAGUCAGGGCCUGUGUGGGCCAACGAUGUUGGCAAAGAAGGGUAGUAAUGCGCGCCUAGAAGAGAGGCUUCGCAAAGAGCAAGAGACAGUUUAAAUGAUAGAAGGUAACCAGGCUUGAUUAGGGGACAGCUGCAGUCAUGCUCAGGCUACAUCCAUACUACCGUUUCCAUUUAAAAAUUGUUUUAUCUCUGUUUCAGAAGUAAGCACCUAUUAUACUAUCCAUCUACUGCUUUAUCCUGCACAUGAGGGUCACAGGGGUGCUUCAGAGUGUCCAAUUAACCUCUGCAUGUUUUUGGACUAUGGGAGGACACCAGAGAACACACACACACACACGAGGAGAACAUGCACACUCCCUUGUUCUGAUCAGGUCAUGAACCCAGGUCUUUUUGCUGCAAGGCAACAACGCUAACCACUACUCUGCUGUGUGACCCCUGUACCUACUCAUAUGCCAAAAACAUACAAGUGUUAACGGGACGAUGAUUCCCUAAUCUGUUGUUUGCUUAGUAAUGACAAACAUCAAUGGUGAUAGAACAAGGAUUUCUAUUAUGAAACCAGAGGUGAGAAAAAAAACAAUCAGGGAAGUGAAUGUGGGUAACUGCAUCAUUGUUCCGUUUUUUGCCCAUCUAUAUUCAAACGUAGUCCUGACGUUUUCAAACAAAAACUGAGUCAGCAGUGCUUUUAAACUUCUACAUAUUUGGGGCUAUAAAUCCCCAAGGUAGUGAGGACGACUGGUGUAUCCGGAGCAAAAUGUAUGUGUUUUAAACAAAACCAGAGUAGUAUGGAUCUAGCAUUAGUUAAAGCAAGAACUCCGCACACACGCGCGCACACACACCACACCACACACAUACACACAUAAUGUCGCUGUAACGAUAAAAAGCGCACACACAGAAACAUACACAUGAACUCAUACAUGCACAGACAGAGAUACUGUGAAAGAAAACCCAGUUGAUGGGUGGACUUACAGGAAAGCAGGUUAGCAGUGUGUGUCUCUAGAUAUAUCGUUCAUACAAGCAGCACUUUUUAAAAGUUAAUUUCAUACACUGUUCCAUUCUCAGAUGCCAAUCAUUCUGUUUGGUUUCUUGUUGCCCUCUUCAGAAACUAUGGUGUUGGAAGUGCAAACAUAAAAGUGGUGUACAAACUUAAUUUAUACAGAUCACUAACCUAAAAAGAAGGCUAAACAGUACUAAGUUUCACACUUGAAUCCAACCUUCAUCAAACCUCCUCCUCCUCAUCAAAUAUUAUUCCAGCAUUUCAGUAAGAUGACUGAAAUGUUGAAUUUACAUGAAUACACUUGUGGUAUUAUCUACAGAGCUGUA